AUGAAGAAACUUACAGACUACCUGGAGCAUGGUUGGCCAAAAGAUACAGAAAGCUUGCCAUCAUCUAUGAAACCAUAUUGGAAUAAGAGAGAAGAGCUGACAUUAGAAAACGGCAUAAUCAUGCGAUUAGGAAGAAUUGUGGUGCCACAGAUUUUGAGAGAAAAUGUAUUGAAAGAACUCCACAAAGGACAUCCUGGAAUAGAGGCCAUGAGAUCCCUAUCAAGGUAUUAUGUUUGGUGGCCUAAUCUGAAUAAGGAUGUUGAGGUUUAUGUCCGUAGAUGCCACCCUUGCCAGAGUAACCGAUCAUUUGACACAGAAGUGCCUCUAUAUCCUUGGAAUGUGCCAAGUGAUCCUUGGGAGAGAAUUCAUCUCGACUUCGCAGGUCCAUUUGACAACCGAUUCUGGUUAGUAGGAAUCGAUGCUUACUCAAAAUGGGUUGAGAUCGAAGUUAUGGACCGUACGACAACUGCUGCUCUUGUAAAUAGAUUAAGGACUUGGUUUUCGAGGUAUGGUAUUCCUAAAAAAAUUGUAUCCGAUAAUGGCACCCCAUUCACGUCCCAUGAGUUUAAGACUUUUUGUAAGAACAAUAACAUAUGUCAUGUCACAUCAGCGCCGUAUCAUCCAAAAACCAAUGGUUUAGUGGAGAGGAUUAUCAGAACCUUCAAGAGUCGAUAUAGUGCUUGCAAACAAGAAGGUCUCAGUUCAUCACUUGCACUUUUACAAGUGUUGCUUGCUUAUCGAAACACCCCACAAAAGACCACAGGACAACCACCAUCAGUCCUUUUCUAUGGCAGAAGAUUACCAACAGCUUUGGAUAGGUGGAGGUGUAAUAGCAGAGAGAGAAUAGAAAAUCAAGUGUGGCGACAGAAGUACUACCACGACUUAAAAUCCAAACCAAAGGAGUUUUCUGCCAAACAAGAAGUGUGGGUUCAAAAUGAAACGAAGAAGGGCUGGAGACCAGGAACAGUACAAGAAAGGACGGGAGAGCUGUCGUACACAGUUGUAGUUGGGGGAGAUGUAAAGAGAAAACACGCUGACCAGCUGAGAGCAAGAGAAGGUGCAACUGAUCCACCUCAAUGGAAAAUGCAAAUGGAAACUGAAAAUGAUGAUGUACAUAGUUUCGGAAACUCAGCCUAA